CAUUCUUUUAGUUCUGCAACGAGAUUGGUGUCCUAAACAUCCAUUGACAUUUUUGGUUAUGAUGGUUAGAAGUUCAAGCAUUGAUCUCCAAAUGCUAUCAUUCAGGUCCAAGAAAGUGAAAAACAGAAACAUUAUCUUCGGAUUGAAAUCGGAUAACAGCAGCCGAGAAAUACUACUUAAACUACUAGCUGCGGUUGUUAAACCAGAGGAUAAUGUGCUGGUUAUUCAUGUUCAGAAAGAAGAUGAUGCUUUUGAUCCUAACACUUUUCAUAUACAUGAAGACCUCUGCAAGUCCAAGAAGGUUGAUUUCCAAGUUAAAGUCUGCAAUGGAGAGUCAUACAUUACUGUAUUAACCCAUCAAGUGAGGCUUAGUUAUGCCUCAAUACUUGCACUUGGAUCCAGCCUUUCAGGGCUCAAUUAUUCAGCCGUAAAUUAUUGUCUGAAAGGUUUACCUCCCACAUGUACUCUUCUGGUUAUGAACAAUGCUGGAAGAAUCAUAAUCAAGAGCCAGGGAACUUCCCAACAGGGUGGUUCCAAAAGGGCAGUCCUUCAAUCAUCAUUCUCAUCUUCAUGUUACAACAGGGUUCCUCAGUCAGUUCACAAUUCUCGGUUACAAAAGUCCUUGACAGUUCCAUAUUCCUCAACAUCGUCUUCGAUACAGCAAACUAAUAAACCAGUACUAUUCGGUGCAAGUAAGACAGCUCAGGUUCCCAACUUGAUGAUGAAACAGAAAUUGUCUAAGAGAUUGGCACUCCUGGAAUCAGAAGGAUCAAGCAGACAUUUCACGAUGGAAGAGAUUCGUUGGGCAACAAACAAUUUCAGCCCUGUAGUACUCAUUGGAGAGGGUGGACAUAGCAAUGUAUACCGAGCAGUCUUCGAAGAUGGCAAAGCAGCAGCUGUGAAAGUCCUCAAAACAUCGUACCAUGCGGUAGAGGAUCUUCUCCGGGAGGUAGAUUUGUUGUCGAGUAUAAAACAUGAGAACAUAGUUGAGGUGAUUGGGUACUGCAAUAGCAGAGAAAUGCAGGCAAUUGUAUAUAAUCUUCUUAGAGGAAGUUUGAGACAGAAUCUGAGACACCUAAAAUGGAGGGAGAGAAUGAGAGUAGCAAUUGGUGUGGCCAAGGCUCUUGACUACCUCCAUCAUUCUUGCAACCCUCCAGUCGUUCAUAGAGACGUGAAGUCAUCUAAUAUUCUCCUCUCUGACAGUUUCCAACCACAACUGUCAGAUUUUGGAGCGGCAAUGUUACUUCAUCAAUCUCAGCAAGCUUCAGAAAAUGCAAAGCCAUUUACUGUGGUUGGGACAUUUGGAUACUUAGCUCCAGAGUACAUGAUGUACGGUGAGGUUGAUGAAAAGAUCGAUGUAUACUCAUAUGGAGUUGUUCUCUUAGAACUCAUCACUGGCAAGGAGGCUGUGAAAACAGACCAGGCAAUUCAUGAAAGCUUAGUACUUUGGGCAAGGUCCUUGCUGAGUUACGGCCUAUUCAAACGUCUGAUUGAUCCUUACCUGAAUGGAGACUACAAUAAGGAAGAGAUGGAAAUAAUGAUGAUAGCAUCGCGCCUCUGCCUCGUGCAUUCGUCUUCUAAAAGACCAACUAUAAAAACAAUAUUAAGGUUAUUUGAAGAGCCAGACUACUGGAUAAAGAUGCAGAGGGUAAGGGAUGAGUUCUUGAAAGGGACCACUUCCAUAGGUGAAACAGAGCCGUUGAGACAGGAUGAGUCAGUCAAUAGUGAAGAUGUACUUAUUGAUAAUCUCUAGACAUUCUCUGCCAACUUUCUAGUAGUCUAAAAGAAAAUAUAGAUAUACAUAUAUAUAGUAUCUGAAAUAUUUGAUCACUAAUCAAUUGGUUUGCAAGUUCCUUAUCUAACAAUGUGGAUUUAGAGCAUAUUAACUAAGGAUUUGAUAUCGGUUCA